AUGGUAGUGGCCCAGGCCCCUCUGCCUCUGGGAACCCUGCUGCAGCCCUCCGGCUCGGCUCGCUGCUCAACCGCUUCUCCUCGCCUUGCCGCGGAACAUCAAGUGCUCCGUUCACAGGUUCACCAGCCCCGAGGGAACUCCGGCCCGGGCCUGUGCUCGCUGUCCAUACGGCAGGACGCUCCACCGAGCACGCUCUGUGCCGACUGGAAUCUGAGAGGCGCCCAAUCCCGAGUGGCCACUUCAGGAUUUCCCUGGGGCGAGAGCAGGAAACGCGAGAAAAGCAAGAAUUGGGAGCCCCGACCGUCCCUGGCGCAGCCGAGGGCACCUUUCUCGGUCUGGUCCCGCCGCCCGCCGGCCCGGAGCGGCGCCGGGAGGAGCCGCGCGUGGGACCCCAGCAUAGGGCGCGCAGACUCCGGGAAGGGAAAAGAAAAGCAAGGCGUUCGGAUGUCAUGUGACCAGGGCGCCCCGGGCACUUGCCUGGGUUUGGGGACGCGGGAGCCGCUGCGCCCCCAGCGUGCCGCUACCGGGAGACUCACCCGCUGGGCUGCGCCGGACCUCAGAUCCCGGAGCAGGCCCCCCGGUACCGGCGUCACCUAUGCUCCCUCCAGGGUCGGCGCCCGAGGCGCUGGCUUCAGAGAAGGGGUCUUGGCGGCGAUCUCGCAAGCUGCGUGGCUUUGGACAAGUUACCUGGGCAAGUCCAGGACUUGUCCUGGAGAUUAAAUGCGACCAUAUGUAAAGCUUCGCACAGUCCAAGGCUGAUUGCCCUUAAGAAAUGGGGGCUGAUGUUACUGGAAGCAAAGCCUCCAUCCAGCAUCUGUGGAGGGGCCUGGCAAUGGCACUGAGUGUGGGGGUUGCCCGCUUUACAGAGGCCAGUCCUGGGGGAAUCCUGGCAGCAGCCGUUCCCACCCAGUCCACAUUGUAGAACUGGGGGGACAGUUGGAGAGAACCACUGUUCCCCUGACUUCCGGGACCACUGCUCUGCCUGCUUUUUCCUGCCCAACUUAUUUCCAUUUCUCCUGCAAUCUCUCUGCCCUCCCACGCACUCAACCCCCCUCUGCGCCUCCUCAAUAGAUCAACAAACUGUUAUGGAAUGCCUAAUAAUAAUAACAAGGCAACUGAAGUUCAAAGAGGUUGUUUAAGGCCACUCCACUAGUUCUGGGCAGGAGUCACCAGUCUGAGGCAACUGGAGAGUAUGAAUAAAUAAGUAAUAGUGUUUAAGAUAAGAGAAGGUUGUUUAUGUUUGGGGGUGAAGGGUCAGAGCUGUCAAUCAGUUACUGGGUAUUUUCUGAGCACACACACUGUACUGGCUCAUACCAGCUGCUGAGGGAAGGGAGGUCAAAAAGAUAGACAAUGAAGUUCCUGCCCCCAGAAACACUAGCAUUUAGUCCCCCCCCCCAUUCAAGGAGCUGAGGCCAUUUUACUGAUUUUUAUUUUUAAACCCUUACAUCAUCAUUAGAGAAAAUUAUUUUAAAAGAUUCUACCCAAUUCCAUUUUCCAAUACAUUAGUUUCUAUAUGUUUGCCCAAUUUUUAUCAAUAGUUAUACAAAGCUUUUAUUUUUAAAUAUGGUAUUCAAAUA